AUGGAUCCAAAUUCCGCUAGGUUCCCCCUAAAUGAUGAUUUCUGCAUGCUGUUACCUUCUUUUUUAGAACAACCGGUCGUGCUAAGCGCAUACCUCGCCUUCACAGCGGCACAGUAUAGUCUCCCCGGCCGCAUGUCUCCUCUUGUCUACACUGGCCUCCUGGGCAGAUGUUGGCCCCUGCUCUCCUCUCUAGCCAGCCUUCACCUCCUUGGCCUGCUGCCGCUUUUGGUAGCCGUGCGCCUGUUCCUGCCCCUGCGAUACCCAACCUACCAGUUUCUUCCCCUUAUGCUCACUUCUGUUUACACGGCAGUAGGACUCUUCGGCGCCUUCCUCGUCUACAUCUACGUGAAUCUGCAGUGGACUUUUGCGUGUGAAGACACUCGGGCGAGCGAUGACCAGGAGGUCGUGGAGUUCGUAUCGUUGCAAGAAAAGAAAAAUAACUAG